CUUCAGGCUAUUGGCUCAAGAAAUCUUUUGAAGUCAAUUGCAAAGCAAAGAGAAGCACAACAGCAACAGCUUAGAGCACUGAUUGCUGAAAAGAAAACACAGCUUGAACGGUAAGAAUGACUGUACCACUUGUUGACUCAGUCUAACAUAUUGUGCAUCUGUAUCCAGUGGUCCAAAUGCCCCUUGUGAUGGUGUUUACUUCGGACACGCAGAUCUUACCACUAAGCCUCCAUUUGAAAUACCUAAUGGCUAUUCUUACGUAUACCCACUUGUAUUUCCUAUUUAUAUGGGAUUCUGACUAAAUUGAUUAGGGUUAGGCAAUGACAAUACUGAUUAGGGUUGAGUAACAAAAAUAAUGAUUAGGGCUAAGCACUGACUCGAAACGGUUAGCUUCUAUUUACGGUCAUGGUUGUUGCUAUACAAAUUAAAACCAAACACAUUUCAGCAAUGAAUACUCCGUAGUAUAGUGGUUAAGACUAUGAACUAUGGAUUCUAUGCCCCAGGAUCGAUUCUCAAUCUAACCACACUGAAUUUGUUUUUCCUGUAAAAUUUGCCACCCAAUUUUUUUUCCUUAAAAAUUGAAGAGUGGUUGAAGAGACUCACACUUUCGUGGAAAUUUGUUGACCAGAAAUUUCAAGAGACUUAGAAAUUUCAUAUAAAUUUCAAGAAGAGACUUAAUCCUGUAUGAAUAGCAAAUACACGUCAGUGUACGGGUCCUGUACCAAUAGCCACUGUGUUUGAAUUAGUAUUGUGAAGUUGCAAAAUUUUACAUAAAUGAAUUCCCAAGGCAGUGCAGUUGAAAAGAAUACCAUUGCACAAAGAGUGCAAAUGUUAAGAAUUUUACUCUGCAAAGGAGGCUUGGUGGUGAAAUUGCUCGUCUGACAUAAUCACACAUAAAGGCCAUUGUGAUCGUUUUGGUUGCGAUGAUUGCAGUACAAGUUGCCAAUUUGGUGAACAGCUGUGUUCGACGGUCAUGUGCCACACUGUACUGUCUUAUUAGUUAGUCUUCAAGUCCAAGAGAGAUCCAUGGAUUUAUAUUUGCAUGAAAUAUUAUUUAUGCUCUGUUUUCUUUAUCAUUUUGACUCUUUCACCCUAGGCUGUCUUGGUAUUAAACCUUGAGAUGUUACAUGCACUUCCAAAUUCUAUUGCAAUAGUUGGGCAGCUUCAGCUUAUCAUGUGAUGUUGCACAAAGUGUCCUUUCUGGCAACGAGUCAAUUUUGUGCCUGGUGACCAUUGUAUGAUUUUAGGUCGCCAAAAGCACAACUCUGAAAUAAUUGAAAAUGAAAUUGAAAAUGUUGAGCUUGGAGCUCUGUUACUACUGUGCUUUGUAAUCAACAUGAACUUUUGUAAGUUGAUUGAUUGUGUGAUCUUCUCUCAUACGUUUGUCAGAUUUGCCUUCUAUUGCUUGAUUCUAGGGGUAAAUUCAGUAAAACUAUUAUAAGUGCAAUAAGUGUAGCUAUUGUUUUAGAGUUUGAAAGUGACAGCUACACUUGAAGUUUGUAGUGCAUGUGACAGCAAAAAAUAUCAACCACACUGUUUUCUUAAUGUCACACAUUAUAAAUACAUCACGUACAUAUUUUUGCAUAUAUUUUAGAGCUAUGUUCAGAUCAUAAGCAGCGUUUUGUUAUCUUUUCGUUUUAUUAUUAGAUUCCGAGUGCAACAUGAAGCUUUACAAAAGGUUGAAAGUGAACAGAAUGAAUUUAUAGAGCAGUUUAUUCUGCAGAAGUGA